UCUUAAAAGGGUCAAUUGUGAUUGUGAUGUUAUGAUUUUCGAUGUCUCUCAAUGGCCAUAGUUAGGGAUGGCCCACAUGGUAUUUUUUAUGUCUUCAUGACCCUAAAAGGUCAGGUGAGGGUUUAAAUAGCGGUCGCAGUAAUGGUUUCUGUCGCGUCACAAUCUUUGAUAUUGCAUAGAAUUGUGUUCAAAUGUGGCCUCAAUUGUUGUACUGUUGCGGUUUCGGCAACAUAAAAAAUUGUUAUGUUGCAGCCCAGAUUGCGGUUGCAGACCUUUAUUUAAAACUAUGUCUAAGGUCACCAUGAUUAGGGUUGUAUUGACAGUACAAAACCCUGUCAAAGGAUCACGAAUGUGACUGAACCGUGACCUCGAGUGUGAUCUAAAACCUUGGUGAUUUAUAUGCAAAAUUUAGAUAUUUUUCCUUUUAUUAGGUUAUGGCAGCUCGUGGUGACGAUUCAAUGUUUUUUUUUAAGCAUACGAUCCACUUGACCCAUUUGGAAAUAUCACAAUCAAAUGGGAUAUUAGAGAAUGGACACCUGAUGGUUAUGUUGCUGUUGUUACGAUGAACAAUUUCCAGCAAUAUCGUCAUAUAUCGGCACCAGGAUGGUCCUUAGGAUGGACCUGGGCUAAGAAGGAGGUAAUAUGGCAAGUGAUGGGAGGACAGACAACUGAACAAGGAGACUGUUCAAAGUUUAAGGGAAACACCCCACAUUGCUGUAAAAAAGAUCCAACGGUUGUAGAUUUACUUCCUGGGACGCCAUAUAAUCAGCAAAUUGCGAAUUGUUGUAGAGGUGGUGUACUCAGCUCAUGGGCACAAGAUCCAACAAAUGCAGUUUCGGCGUUUCAAGUCAGUGUCGGUAGUGCUGGCACUACUAACAAAACGGUCAGACUACCGCUAAAUUUUACCUUGAAAGCACCAGGACCAGGCUAUACAUGCGGACCAGCAAAAACCGUGACUCCUACUAAAUUUACAACACCGGACAAAAGGAGAGUGACUCAAGCACUUAUGACAUGGAAUGUGACAUGCACAUACUCACAAUUUCUUGCUCAGAAAACUCCAACUUGCUGUGUCUCCCUCUCGUCUUUCUAUAAUGAUACUAUUGUACCCUGUCCGACAUGUUCGUGCGGAUGCCAAGGCAACUCAGCUCAAUCAGGAAGCUGUGUAGAUCCAAGAGCACCACGUUUAGCUUCAGUUGUUAAAGGCGCCGGAAAUAAAAGUAUUACUCCUUUGGUUCAAUGUACAAGUCAUAUGUGUCCGAUACGAGUUCACUGGCACAUUAAAGUUAACUACAAGGAGUAUUGGAGGGUGAAGGUUACUGUUACUAAUUUCAAUUACAGGAUGAAUUACUCAGAUUGGAACUUGGUCGUGCAACAUCCAAACUUUGACAAUCUGACCCAACUGUUCAGUUUCAACUACAAAUCAAUAAAUCCAUACGGGUCGAUAAAUGAUACAGCAAUGCUUUGGGGCGUUAAAUUCUACAACGAUUUCCUCAACCAAGCUGGCCCUAAUGGUAAUGUGCAAUCAGAGCUACUUUUCCGAAAAGAUGAUUCUUUUAUGUUUGACAAGGGUUGGGGAUUUCCUCGGAGGAUCUAUUUCAAUGGUGAUAACUGUGUCAUGCCACCACCUGAUGCUUAUCCAUGGUUACCCAAUGCUGGUUCGAAGCUCGAGGUUUCCUUGGUUUCCUACCUUACUUUGAUGAUUGCUUCGUUGGUAGUCUUGGUACUUCACGCAUAUUGUUAAUGUUCGGAUCCAUGGUACACGCGAUUCUGCUAUCUAAAAUUUGCGUCCCUAACAGUUUUGACUCGAUUUUGUGAUACAAAUUUGGAAUUCAAACCUAGCUGGAGUAUGACAUCGAUUAAAAAUUCAAAGAUACAUUUGCCCUAUGAUUUGUUUCUUAGGUCCAACAUAAGGGUUGGAUUGUUAGUCAUCACUGUUCUAACUUUGUAAUGAUGUAUUUAUUGGUUUUAUAUAUCCUUGGUGUAUUUUGUGAAGUAAUUGUAAGAAAUAUAUAGAAGACAAACUGAAUCAUGAUAUUGGUUGGAUCUUUUGCUGCUAAUUGGAAUCAGGUUUCUUUUUAA